UUUCGGGGGUGGCUGUUUGUCGUCUGACCUUUCAGUGCGCCAUUUCACCAAGUUCGCGUGCCAACAUGGGGAAGAAGGUGUGCAACCCGAUAUCACCGCAUUUCUGGACCCAUGAAGAGCACUGCCGGUUCCUGGAAGCGUUGGAGAAGUGCGGCCACUGCACGCCGAGCAGUGCCGUGUGGACCAUGAUCGCAGAUUACGUCGGCACACGCACGUUCAAAGACGUCAAGCUGCACGCGAAUCGGUACUUUUUGCAGCUUCAAAUGGUGAACACGCAAAAGCGAAAAGAGAUGCACGCCAUGCAGCUGGUCGAUAGUCGGUGGACUGCCGCCGACGAUAAAUUGUUUGAAGAGGUGCUCGCCCAUUACACCAACUGCGCAUACUACCCGUGGGAUAUCAUUGCGACGAAAUUCACCAACAAAUCCGCCAAGAGUGUGCGGGAGCGAUACCAAAAGCUCAUGUUUGAUUUGGCCCUGAUUGAAAGCGGGCAUCACGUGACGAUGCAACUGAAGCACCCGUCAGCUCCGAAUGAUCCCAGAGAAACGGACGACGACACAAAUGACACCGAGUUCAUCAUUUACGACUGCAGCGUCACGAUCACCCCCGACGAAGAAGAUGUGUUCAUGACAGCUCUUGAAGAUGCGGUGAUCCCGCCGAAUGCGUCGACGGACUUGUUGGCCCGUGUUGCUUCAGCCAUCGUGGCGAUCUCAAGCCACGGCAACAAGAAACCCCCCAGCAGAACGCAAAUGGCGUUUACAAAGGAAGAGGCGGAUGCCGCCAUCGUUAAAGUCCUGGCGCUUCCUACCCUAGACGCGCCCAUGGUUCUCGAAACGAUCUUGACCGCACUCAACCUGAAAGACGACCCCACAUUCCUACCCCCUCCUGACAGUAAGCAAGCCAUGCGACCGACUGUACCCCCCUGCGUCGCAUUGGAACAUCAAGCGCAUUCGCACCCCACUCAGCAACACUACCAAUUCCCUCAACACCCACAACCGUCGCAGCACCACCCGAUGCACUACCAACACGGGUCGCAGUCGCCUCUCGUUUUGCAGCAAGCAUCUUAUCCCCACGCUCCCUCUGCGUCGUCAGGAUGCACUCUUUGAGCCACGAGGAGUGUUAUGAACACGACUGUGCUUCUCC